AUGGCCGACACACAGUGCUAUAAUGGCGAAGGAUGUGGACACACUACAAUUCCAAAUGAACUUAUUAAUGAAUACAGACAUGCCAAAGAAAUCUCUCUGAAGAACAAUCUCAUAAUGGUCGUAGACGAAGAGAUAAUAAAAGUUUGGGAUAAUCUCGAAUCCCUCGAUUUAAGUAAAAAUAAAUUAUCCAGUUUACCGAAAGCUAUUGGAGAACUAUCCAAGUUGAAAUCGUUGAUAAUUUUUGAAAAUGAGCUCAAAUCGUUACCUGAUUCUUUGGUUAGACUAAAAAAGCUGACAACAUUUCAUUGUGAUAGAAUUCCUGGUUAUAUCAAAUACGGAGUGAAGAUUGACAACAACAGAGCUGAGAUUGAGAAACUAUGGAAAGAGUGCUUUCGCCGAAAACCAUGUCAACAAACACAGUCAGAUUCAAUACGAGAUAUAAACGAAAACAUUGAAAAGUUCAGUGUCGUCCAAGACAAAACGGCUGAUGGCGUAAGAUAUACUUCGCGAUCUAGUGAAGAUGAAUAUAAUAUGUCAAAUACAAGGCGUGGUACAGCAAUUAUUAUCAAUAACAAGUUUUUUGACAAGAAAACUGGUAUGAAUACACGACACGGAACGGAUUUUGAUGCCGUGAAUCUAAGGCGUUCCUUCGAAAGACUUGGAUUUGAUGUGACCAGGCAUGAUAACUUAAGUGCACGUAAAAUGUUACAACUCAUGGAUCUCGUGUCACGUGAAUCCUAUGGUAAUUGUGAUGGUCUAGUCGUUGCUAUACUCAGUCACGGGGAUGACGGGAUUGUCUACGGAACCGACUAUUACGUCAGUAUUAUGACCUUGGUAGAAUUUUUCUAUGGCGAUAGAUGCCCAACCCUUGCAGGGAAGCCUAAACUAUUUUUCAUCCAGUCUUGUUUUGGUGAUAAAGCUAUUGAUAGUGCUAUAGCUAAAAGUAGUGGGUCCGACCAGACAGAUUUAGGAGAGGUUAAACGUAUUCCAGUAGCAGCAGAUAUUCUUCUAGUGCAAUCCACGUCGAAAGGUUCAUAUGCUUGGGAAAAUGAACCUAAAGGCUCAUAUUUUAUUCAGUCUUUGUGUCACGUGCUCGAUCACUAUGGUGAUAGUAUGGAAGUAUUACAGAUGAUGACAAGAGUAAGCAAGAUGGUCGUCGAUGAACUUGGUCCAGACAAAGAAAGACUUGUUCCUCGUGUCUAUUGCAUGUUGACAAAAGAUUUAUAUCUAACACCCAAAUGUGACUCAUAA